AUAAUAGAACUCUUUGGGAAAAGGCAUUGUCCUGAGUUUUAAUUGGCUUUGGAGAGAGAGAGAGGAGUAGAAGAGUGAAAGCCGAAGACCUGUCCAGUCUGUACUUUUUAUCUCCCAGUCCAACUUUGGUGUUGCCUUGAUAUUACUGGGCCUAGGCUAUUAUUCCUAUAGAAAUAAUGGUAAAGGGCGUAUAUUACCUUAAAAAAAUGGGGGAAAGGUAAGAAUAAAAUUUUAAAGUUUCCUAAAGAAAUUCUCUCAUUCCUGCCACUGUCUGUCUCUUCAGCCCCCAUCCUAAAUGCCCAUACAUAAAUCAGCCUUCAGCCACUUGUAGGGAUUUCUCACAGUAUUUUUUGUUUGCUUAUUUUUUUAAUUUUUUGUUGGUAUUUAUUGUUAGGAACGUUAUUCUCUCCAUUUUGUAAUUUCUGUAGAGCUGAUUUUGGGACUCACCAUCUUCAUGGUGAUUGAUAAUCCUGCCAUAAUGUUUAAUCUGAAAUCUUAAUGUUUUAUUCACAGGGAGGAAUACAAUUUUUUCAUCUAUAAUUUGGAAGCAAAGUAAAAUAACAAAAUGAAGCCAGCAAAACAUCUGUUAGCCUCUAGUCAUAAAUUGGCAAAUGUUCCAGAAUUCACUUACAAAAAAGGACUGUUGAAUUUACCAUUGUCACCUAAACCAAAGGAAAAACAUAGUACAAAAUUAGUAUGUGAUAAACUUGAACCAAUGGUCUUAGGAUCUCCACCAACAGGGGAAUCCAUCAUAAGGUAUGCUUUGCCCAUUCCAUCAAGUAAGACAAAGGAGUUAAUAGCAGAAGAUGAAUUGAUCAGGAAAAUUACCAAACAUCUGAAGAUGAUUGUUUCUACUUUGGAAGAAACCUAUGGAUUUGGCAUUCAAAAUGGAGAAAAAUCAGUUGUGAAGCCUGAACCUGAGGAAUUAACUUUAUCGGUUGGGGAUGAUCUGAAUUCAUUCUUGAGAUGUUGUUCACAAUUUGCUGCACAGUUAGAAGCAGCAGCUAAGGAAGAACGUAACAUUUUGGAAUCUCUUUUUAAGUGGUUUCAGCGACAGGUCAAUCAGAUGGAAGAGAUAAGUAAAGAUCAAACUUUUUUAGAGGCAGAGUUUCCAGCACCUGACAAAAGAGUCACCUUAAACGUUGCGCAAGUAGUAGAGCAGGUGCAAGCACUAGAAGUACUGAAAAAUCGCCUUAAACAACAGUCUAAAUACUCCUUGAGGACUGCAUUGUCUAAAGCCAAGGAUAGUGAAAAUUUACCAGGAGCAGUACAUAGUUACGAAGCUGUACAGCAGAUAAUCGAAGAAUUCAUAAAAACCCACUCAACUGAAGAAUUUAUAGAUGUUUCUGCAACUGAUCCACAAACUGCUUACUCCCUGAGGAAGCGAUUAGGUGUCAUGUUGAAAAUAUUUGAAAAACAGUCAAAUAUGUUGGAGAGAGCUGUGAGUGAUCAAGGUUUGUUAGAGGCUAAAUUCAAACAAAUGGAAAGUGAUUUUCAAGUGUUAUUAGAGGAGAAAUUGGGACUGGAAAAUGAAUUACAAAAGCUGAAGAAUACUGAGACCCAGGAUAAAUCCUUAACAAGACUAUUAUCAAAUGAAGAGAUUGAAGACUUACUGUCUGUCAAGACAUCACUUCAAGGGGAUGGAACAGCAACAGCGUCACUCAUUUCAUAUCCUGUUCUUACCACAAGAAAGCCAAUGGGUAGUGACAUCUCAAAGGCUGUUGGAGAAGAGAAAUUACAAAGUAAGACUGAAAAACAAACUUACCAAGAAGCAAGAGAAUUUCAAGGCCCUCAGUAUCUUGGAGGAUGUGCACCCACAUUGAUGAGGGUGAUCUCAGGCUAUUGA